AUGCCAAUUCUCAAUCCAGACUAUCGAGAUGCGAAUGAUAACAAAAAUCAGAAAGAUGGAGACCUUCCUGUUGGGAAAAGGAAAUGGCAGGCUGGAGAAAAAACUAUCUACACUCUUGUGUCAGUGCCACACGGCAAUGAUAUUGCAUCUUUGUUUGAACUCGAUGCCACCACUCUACAGCGGGCAGACUGCCUGGUACCCAGGAAUUCCUAUGUUCGGUUGCGUCAUCUGUGUACAAACACGUGGGUGACAAGUACCAGUAUUCCGAUCGAUACUGAUGAAGAGAGACCAGUCAUGCUUAAGAUUGGAACUUGCCAGACAAAGGAAGAUAAAGAGGCUUUUGCCAUCAUAUCUGUCCCCCUCUCUGAAGUCAGAGAUCUGGACUUUGCUAACGAUGCCAACAAAGUUUUAGCAUCAACGGUCAAGAAGCUGGAAUACGGAACCAUAACCCAGAAUGAGAGAAGAUUUGUGACCAAGCUGCUAGAGGAUCUGAUAUUUUUUGUUGCUGGAGUUCCCAAUAAUGGACAGGAUUUGCUGGAUGUUGUGGUCACCAAACCCAACCGUGAAAGACAAAAAUUAAUGAGGGAACAAAACAUUUUAGCACAGAUCUUCGGAAUUCUUAAGGCUCCUUUCAAAGACAAGGCGGGAGAAGGUUCAAUGCUUCGGCUGGAAGACCUCGGGGAUCAGAGAUACGCUCCGUACAAAUAUAUUCUUCGUCUUUGCUACAGGGUCCUGAGACAUUCGCAGCAAGACUACAGGAAAAACCAGGAAUACAUCGCUAAGCAUUUCUACGUGAUGCAGUCGCAGAUUGGAUACGAUAUCUUGGCAGAAGACACAAUCACGGCUUUGUUACACAAUAACCGAAAGCUGCUGGAGAAACACAUCACGGCUAAAGAAAUAGAAACAUUUGUUAGUUUGCUGAGAAGGAACAGAGAGCCGAGGUUCCUGGAUUAUUUGUCAGAUUUGUGCGUGUCAAACACCACAGCGAUCCCGGUUACCCAGGAGCUCAUCUGUAAAUUCAUGCUCAGCCCGGGUAAUGCGGACAUUCUCAUUCAGACUAAGCUGGUCAGCACGCAGAUGGAUAACCUCUUAGAGUGCUCCGUUCUGACUGAUGAUAUAGACGAGGAGGAGGUCUGGCUGUACUGGAUUGACAGCAAUAAGGAACCACAUGGCAAAGCUAUAAGGCACCUGGCGCAGGAAGCUAAAGAAGGGACCAAAGCUGACCUAGAAGUCAUUAAUUAUUACAGGUAUCAGCUAAACCUCUUUGCCAGGAUGUGUUUGGAUCGUCAAUAUCUUGCCAUCAACCAGAUUUCUACACAGCUGUCUGUUGACCUAAUACUACGUUGUAUGUCUGACGAGUCUCUCCCCUAUGACCUCCGGGCUUCCUUUUGCCGUCUCAUGCUUCAUAUUCAUGUAGACAGGGACCCUCAAGAAUCUGUAGUUCCUGUAAAAUAUGCCAGAUUGUGGACAGAGAUUCCCACGCGGAUAAGCAUCCAUGACUACGAUUCAUUUACGGACUCCUCCAGGGAUGAGAUGAAGAGGAAGUUUGCUCUCACAAUGGAGUUUGUUGAGGAGUACCUGAAGGAAGUGGUGAACCAGCCUUUUCCAUUUGGCGACAAGGAAAAAAAUAAACUCACAUUUGAGGUUGUACAUCUGGCACGGAAUCUCAUUUAUUUUGGAUUCUACAGUUUUAGUGAACUGCUCAGACUGACGAGGACGUUACUGGCCAUACUAGACAUUGUACAGAGUCCCAUGUCUUCCUACCUAGAGAGGCUGAGCAAAUUUCAAGAUGGAGGAAAUAACGUCCUGAGGACCAUACAUGGUGUAGGAGAGAUGAUGACUCAGAUGGUCCUUAGCCGAGGAUCCGUCCUUCCUAUGGCAGCACCAGACGUGCAGGGGCUUCACUCCAGCAAACAGACCAGCUCCCCAGACACUGAGGACAUCACAGUUAUGGACACCAAGCUAAAAAUCAUUGAGAUUUUACAGUUUAUUUUGAGUGUGCGUCUGGACUACAGAAUCUCAUACAUGCUUUCUAUUUACAAAAGAGAAUUUGGAGACCAUGAGACAACUGUAGAUAAUUCCACAAUAUCUUCUACAGACAUUCUACCUUUAUCACCUGCUGUUCCUGAUAUUGAUGAAAUUGCAGCACAGGCUGAGACCAUGUUUGCCGGAAGUAAAGAGAAGAACCCUGUAGAGCUGGAUGAUGAGGGUGGCAGGACGUUCCUGCGGGUUCUUAUUCACCUCAUUAUGCACGAUUACCCUCCGCUGCUGUCCGGCGCUCUGCAGUUGCUUUUUAAACAUUUCAGCCAAAGAGCUGAAGUUCUCCAGGCCUUUAAACAGGUCCAGCUACUAGUGUCAAACCAAGACGUGGACAACUACAAGCAGAUCAAAGCAGACCUGGACCAAUUACGUCUGACUGUUGAGAAAUCUGAACUUUGGGUUGAAAAGAGCAACAGUUACGAGAAUGAAGAGUCGGGCGAGGGCCCUGCUAAGGAUGGCAAAGAGCAAAUUAAUGAGGACACAAGUAUUUUGAGCCCAGUGCAAGAUGGGACUAAAAAGCCUCAGAUUGACAGUAACAAAGCCAAUAAUUACAAGAUUGUUAAAGAGAUUUUAAUCCGUCUGAGCAAGCUGUGCUCACAGAGCAAAAAGGGGCGAAACCAGCAGCAGCGUCUGCUAAAAAACAUGGGGGCACAUUCAGUGGUGCUGGAUCUACUGCAGAUACCAUAUGAAAAGACUGAUGAGAAAAUGAAUGAAAUCAUGACCUUAGCUCACAAUUUCCUGCAAAACUUCUGCCGGGGAAAUCAACAAAAUCAAAUUCUUCUCCACAAAAAUCUGAACCUUUUCCUGAAUCCAGGGCUGCUGGAAGCAGAGACCAUGAGACUUAUCUUCAUGAACAAUUACCACCUGUGCAACGAGAUCAGUGACCGCGUGGUGCAGCAUUUUGUACACAGCGUUGAGACGCAUGGCCGGCACGUGGAGUACUUGAGGUUCCUGCAGACGAUUGUGAAAGCAGACGGGAAGUAUGUGAAGAAAUGCCAGGAUGUUGUGAUGACCGAGCUGAUCAAUGGAGGUGAAGAUGUGCUGAUAUUCUAUAACGACCGCGCAUCAUUUCCCAUACUCUUACAAAUGAUGUGCUCUGAGAGAGAUCGCGCGGAUGAGAGCGGGCCCCUGGCAUACCACAUCACUUUGGUGGAACUACUGGCUGCAUGUACAGAGGGGAAGAACGUGUACACGGAAAUCAAGUGUAACUCUCUUCUGCCCCUUGAUGACAUAGUGAGGGUUGUAACGCAUGAUGAUUGCAUACCUGAGGUGAAGAUUGCGUAUGUAAACUUUGUCAACCACUGUUAUGUGGACACCGAGGUAGAGAUGAAAGAGAUCUAUACAAGUAACCACAUCUGGAAACUGUUUGAGAAUUUCCUGGUUGACAUGGCGAGGGUUUGUAACACAACCACUGACCGUAAACAUGCUGACACCGCACUAGAGAAAUACAUUACCGAAUCCGUAAUGAACAUCAUCAGCGGUUUCUUCAACUCUCCUUUCUCCGACAACAGCACCAGCCUUCAGACACACCAGCCUGUAUUCAUCCAGCUACUGCAGUCCGCUUUCCGCAUUUACAACUGUACCUGGCCAAACCCUUCCCAGAAAUCGUCUGUGGAGUCCUGUAUAAAAACACUGGCAGAAGUUGCAAAGAAUCGAGGAAUCGCAAUUCCAGUGGAUCUGGACAGUCAAGUAAACACUCUCUUUAUGAAGAGCCACUCAAACAUGGUACAGAGAGCGGCGAUGGGCUGGCGAAUGUCUGCUCGCACAGGACCUCGCUACAAGGAGGCUCUCGGUGGCCCAGCCUGGGACUACAGAAAUAUCAUAGAGAAGUUGCAGGACGUGGUGUCAUCCUUGGAGCAGCAGUUCAGUCCGAUGUUACUGGCAGAAUUCUCGGUCUUGGUUGAUGUUUUGCACAGUCCUGAGCUCCUGUUUCCAGAUGGAAGUGAUGCAAGAAUCAGAUGUGGCGCUUUCAUGUCCAAGUUGAUUAAUCACACCAAGAAACUGAUGGAGAAAGAAGAAAAGCUUUGUAUUAAAAUCCUUCAAACCUUGCGUGAAAUGCUGGACAAAAAGGACAACUUUACAGAGCAGGGAUCUACUUUAAGGAAGAUACUUCUGAAUCGGUAUUUCAAAGGAGACCACGGAUCUGCUCUAAAUGGCCCACUCUCUGCAAACUUCAGUAAAGCAGGACCCACGGGAGCCUUUUCCGGACCUGACUGUGAUAAAUCUGCAGUGUCUAUGUCAGAUAUUCAGUGUCUCCUCGACAAGGAAGGUGCAUCAGAACUGGUCAUAGAUGUUAUAGUGAGCACAAAGAAUGACCGGAUAUUUUCUGAGGGCAUCCUUCUUGGCAUUGCGCUACUUGAGGGUGGCAACACACAAAUCCAGAAUUCUUUUUAUAAACAACUGAAUGAGCAGAAGAAAUCUGAGAAAUUCUUCAAGGUUCUUUAUGAUCGUAUGAAAGCCUCUCAGCAAGAGAUCAGGGCAACAGUUACAGUCAAUACUAUAGAUCUGGGCAGCAAGAAGAAAGAGGAGGAUUACGAUUCCAUUUCUCUGCCAAAAAAGAGAGUUAGAGAUUCACAGUAUCACCUAAAAGAAGGAAUGAAGGGACAGCUGGCAGAAGCAUCAUCUGCAACAUCCAAAGCAUAUUGUGUGUACCGGAAGGAGCUUGACCCAGACUUGGAUCUCAUAGGCUCUGGAGCUGACAAUGGCGGAUGUGAGGAGAAAUCUGCAGAAGAAGCUGUCACAAUGAGCCCUCUUAUAACAAUCAUGCAGCCGAUACUGAGGUUCCUCCAGCUGUUGUGUGAGAACCAUAACAGGGAGCUCCAGAAUUUUCUCAGGAAUCAGAAUAACAAAACCAACUAUAAUUUAGUGUGUGAGACGCUGCAGUUCUUGGACUGUAUUUGCGGGAGUACAACGGGGGGCUUGGGCUUGCUGGGGCUGUAUAUCAAUGAGCGCAACGUGGCGCUUGUGAACCAGACGCUGGAGAGCUUAACCGAGUACUGCCAGGGGCCUUGUCACGAGAACCAGACGUGUAUUGCGACUCACGAGUCUAAUGGAAUAGAUAUCAUUAUCGCUUUGAUUCUCAAUGACAUUAAUCCGCUGGGAAAAUACCGCAUGGACCUGGUCCUGCAGCUGAAGAAUAACGCCUCUAAGCUCCUGUUAGCCAUCAUGGAGAGCAGACACGACAGUGAAAACGCAGAAAGGAUCCUGUACAACAUGAGGCCUGGGGAGCUGGUAGAUGUCAUAAAAAAUGCCUACAACCAAGGACUGGAGGGAGACCAUGAUGAACACGGUCCUGAUGAGCAAGUAUCUCCAAAAGCAGUCGGCCAUAACAUCUAUAUCCUGGCGCAUCAGCUGGCUCGGCACUAUAAAUCCUUACAGCAGAUGUUAAAACCAGGGUCUGAUCCGGAGGAAGGAGACGAAGCCUUGAAAUAUUACGCCAAUCACACGGCACAGAUAGAGAUUGUACGCCAUGACAGAACAAUGGAGCAGAUCGUAUUCCCUGUGCCAAAUAUCUGCGAAUAUCUCACUAAGGAAUCCAUGCGCCGGGUUUUCAACUCAACGGAGAGAGAUGAACAAGGAAGCAAAGUGAACGACUUUUUCCAGCAGACGGAAGAUCUGUACAACGAGAUGAAGUGGCAGAGAAAGAUCAGAAAUAACCCUGCUCUCUUCUGGUUCUCCAGACACAUCUCCCUUUGGGGCAGCAUCUCAUUCAACCUGGCAGUAUUCAUUAAUCUGGCAGUGGCUCUCUUUUAUCCCUUUGGAGAUGAUGGAGAUGAAGGUACGCUGUCCCCUCUGUUCUCUGUCCUCCUGUGGAUUGCAGUAGCUGUUUGCACAUCUAUGUUAUUUAUUUUCCCCAAGCCUUUUGGAAUAAGACCAUUUCUGGUGUCGGUGAUGCUCCGAUCUAUAUACACAAUCGGCCUAGGACCUACUCUUAUACUGCUAGGGGCGGCUAACUUGUGUAAUAAGGUUGUUUUCCUGGUGAGCUUUGUUGGGAACCGUGGAACGUUCACGCGAGGUUACCGGGCCGUUAUCAUGGAUAUGGCGUUUUUGUAUCAUGUGGUUUAUGUCAUUGUCUGCAUGUUGGGACUUUUCGUUCAUGAGUUCUUCUACAGCUUCUUGCUGUUUGAUUUGGUGUACAGAGAGGAAACCUUAUUAAAUGUCAUAAAAAGUGUUACACGGAACGGGCGCUCUAUUAUCCUGACAGCUGUGCUGGCGUUGAUUCUGGUCUAUCUCUUCUCCAUUAUUGGCUUCCUCUUCUUGAAAGAUGACUUCAUCAUGGAGGUGGACAGGCUGAAAAACAGAACUCCUGACCUAGAUACCGGUGAGAUUCGCACAUCAUCGCUGACUGCUAUGAUGAGCUCCUGCCACAAGGAAAAUUGCUCAACAACUGUCUCCGUCACAGACGAGGAUUCUAAUGAGGACGGUAUAGAGAGAGCCUGUGAUACGCUGCUCAUGUGCAUAGUCACCGUGCUGAACCAGGGUUUGCGGAACGGAGGUGGAGUAGGAGACGUACUGCGGAAACCCUCAAAAGAUGAGCCGUUGUUUGCCGCCAGAGUUGUGUAUGACCUUCUCUUCUAUUUUAUUGUCAUUAUCAUUGUUCUGAAUCUGAUUUUUGGAGUCAUCAUAGACACAUUUGCCGACCUCAGAAGUGAAAAACAGAAAAAAGAAGAAAUAUUGAAAACAACCUGUUUCAUUUGUGGACUGGAAAGAGACAAGUUUGACAAUAAAACGGUUUCAUUUGAGGAGCACAUCAUGUCAGAACAUUGUAUGUGGCACUAUUUGUAUUUCAUAGUUCUAGUCAAAGUCAAAGAUCCGACAGAAUAUACCGGACCUGAGAGCUAUGUGGCGCAGAUGAUCAAAGAAAAGAACCUGGAUUGGUUUCCUCGGAUGCGCGCUAUGUCCUUGGUCAGCAGCGAGGGUGAUAAUGAGCAGAAUGAGAUCCGAAACCUACAAGACAAGCUGGAGUCUACAAUGAGCCUGGUGAAGCAGCUGUCUAGCCAGCUCUCAGAGCUAAAGGAGCAGAUGACAGAACAACGAAAGAACAAGCAGCGCCUGGGAUUUCUUGGAUCGAACACAAAUCAUGUGAAUCAUCACAUGUCCCCUCACUGACACAUGGAAGAGCCGUGACUUCUGCUCAAGUGGGAUUUUGUUUUUAUGUUCGGAGUAAACAGACCACAUCAAGCAGACACAGGGCUUCUUCUUGGGCAGACAUGAAAAUAUCAUGUGAGAUGCCCUUGAUACGACCAUUGUGGGUGACACAAGGACUCUUAGCCCUAGCUGGGCUUUAGCUGCUUUUAUUUUACAGAUACAUUACUUUGUGCAAAACUUACAUCUCAGUUGCUGAACGUUUACCAACACUCUCUCACCCAUCCAAAUUACAUUUUACAUUUGGAACUAUUUUGCACUAAAAACAAGUUUAAACUAGUGUAUAUUAAUGUUAUCAAAUACAACUUAAGGUGGAAGCAGGUGUAUGUAAUACUUGCAGUGUAAUGUUGUAGAUCUCUGUGCUGGGUUUGGUCCUUUUACCGGAAAUAGGUGAACAUCUCAUAUAGUGUUACAAACGGUCUAUUGAUCAGUUAUUUUUAUAGUGCAAUUGUAUGUGAUUUAUUUUCGUAUCGUUACUGCUGUUUUAGCAAUUAAGCUAAGAUGUGUAGACAAGAACUAUUGUCUCAGCACCAGAAGCCUGUAACUAAAUUUUGAUAUAACAUUUUGUAAUGGUUCUCAAAGUGCCUUAAAAAUGUAAAACAAAAAGAAAAGAAAAAAACUAGUGAUUAAGAGUAGCUUGUGACAUAAUUUUGAAACAUUCUUUUUGAGGUAAUAGUUUAGUUCACUAUAUUUAGACCGGUUGAUUUCUGUGCUUUAUAGAUAAUAGGAAAUUCAUGUUGAAAUCUGGAUUUUAUUUCUAGUAAGUAGCAAUAUACAUUUGUAGACGUUUCAAGAUUCUGAAGAAGAUUCACAAGACUCAUUGUGCCAUUAUCUGCUCGAAGUAAUCAACAGCAGAUGCUCAUUAGAUAGAGAAAUGAGAAAUGCUGUUAUAGGGAUACAGUAAUAUACCGAAGUAGAGUUUUUUUCUUUUAGCUCAAAAGGACUAAAUGAAAUCAGACUAAAUACAAUGGAUUUCAUUUUCUUUUAAACCAGAUAUGCUGAAUCGCUACCUUUUUCUAAACUUCAUCAUUUUGUGCACCUCCAAGUUGAUCUUGUGAGGUAUAAAUGGGACCAAAUUUAAUGUUAUUGUUGCACAUUACAGAAUAAUUCUUGUUGCAUUUUAUUUUAGGUUAUGCUAUUUUUUUAGAGCCGCUAUUCAAUUUCAGAAUAAACAUUUGAUUCAUCAAAAAAGGAUAUAAAUAAGGUGUGAAGAGACUGGACUUAAUCCAUAUUUGCUUUGUGCCUCAACAACAAAAAUGUAUUUGCUCCUCUGUGACCAAAUCAAGUUAUUUGCUACUUUGUGACCGGAUCAAAAAGAAUAUGUGCCUCUAUCAUCUCAUUUAAUAAAAAAUAAAAAAAUCUUUUUUUUGCUUUUGGGGAUUAAAAUUGGAUUUUAUAGAUAUAUGAAAUUAAAAUUAAUAGUGUAACUUAACUGGAGACCAUAAAAAGUGGAUAUUGGCGCAAGACUAGUGUGACCAUCAUUAUUUGCGGGAUCCAAACUAGAGACUGUUACAUAUUACAGUAGUCUGUACUAAUCAGUUGAUAUUUUAAUGAAGCACAAGACAUUCAUAGUUGUCAAAAUGAAACCAGAUUAACUCAAAAUAACUGGAAGCAAUUUGUGCAGCUUCAGAAGCAUAAUUUUAUCAUGUGACAAUGUUUUAUUUGUCAGUUUUGGAAGAGAAAAACAUUCAAAUGAUUAAAUAGAAAUAUAUAUAUAUUUUAAAAUGUGCUGUUUUUAAUUGCUUAUACCUUUAAAAAGGGAACUGGGGUGUGAGGGAAAUGAAUGUUUGCUAACUGGAAUAUACCUACCUACAAUUGUAAUAGGAUGGGUAACACUUCUUUUUGUCGCUAACCAGAGAUUUUGGGUGACUUGCUGAUAAGUCAGCAAGAGAUUUUAUAAUGAUCUUGCAAUAUCUAUGGAUAUUUUUAACAGUUUUGGUGUAAGAUACAUAUGUAUAAAAACUCUCUGUGAAAUAUCCAAAAACAUUCAUUUGAUCUUCAGUACCAACAAAAUAAUCACUGUCUUUGCACUAAUUCAGGACCACAUUAAAAAAUAAUGUACUGUAUUUGUUUAUUCAAGAGGGACCAGCUUUGUGUAAAAUAGGGACCACAUAUUGUAAUAUUGUUUGAAAAUGAAUUUUAAUACUGUUGUGUGAUCGAGGAUGUGAGGCCAUGGAAGGCUUUAUAUAAGAAACAUUUUAAUAAAUGUUGACUCUGUUGUUUAA